AUGUCGGCCGCGAAAGCAGCUUGUGAUCAUGUGCACGAUUGGCAUCAUGGAACCAAAGCAGGCGAGUGGGUAUCGAUGGCCGUUGCAUCAGACGGCUCAUACGGUGUCCCACAAGGACUGGUCUUCUCAUUCCCGUGCACGGUUGAAAAGGGUGAAUGGAAAAUUGUGCAAGGACUCACUUUGGACGAAUUCGCUAAGGGUAAAAUCGCUAUCACACAAAAGGUUCGUUCGGGCUGA